GCCGCACAGCGCUCUGCUCUAGAUCCAGCAGAUCAGAGCUCUUCAUUGAGAAAAAUCCACAGCCGAGUGUUUUAAUCGAAGGAGCUGCAGGGGAUGUAGGCGAGGAAAUCUGACAUUUUCACCCUGACAAGAAACUUCACUCAUCAAGUGAAGACUCCUGCAACAUGGAUGGCUUUUAUGACCAGCAGGUCCCUUUUGUGGUCCCUGAGAGUAAAUGUCACGUAGAGGGAGCAGAGAGAUGUCUCAGCGACCGGAAAAGGAAGUUCAUGGACACAGAGCUGGCUCAGGACACAGAAGAGCUCUUUCAAGACUUGAUCCAGCUCCAGGAAAUAUGGAUCGCAGAAGCUCAGGUUCCUGACGACGAGCAGUUUGUCCCAGACUUCCAGUCCAAUAAGUUGAUGUGUCAUGGACCGCCUGUCAGCAAAGUGAAGCGAGAGCCCAGUCCGUCUACAGACCUGUCUCCCUGCAGAACGCCUCACGCUGACAUGUGCCUUUAUAGUUACAGUGCCUGUGACAACAAGCCAGCUGGACUCAAAGCUCUGACUCCGGCCUCCACACCGGUACAGAGUGGCUCCAUCCAUCCUGCUGGACCUCCACCCGUACAGAGGCAGCUACAACCCUCCGCCCCCCCGCUGACCAGCAGCUGCCCACCGAGCCACGGUUCCACCCUGAGCCCCUCCCACCACCGCCGCCUCCCGCAGGCCAACCAAAGCCAGCAGUUUACUCUGCCGCGUCCGCCCGUCGGCUGCCCCGGUGCCUCUUUCAGCACAGAACAAAGGUUUCAGCGGCAGCUGUCGGAGCCUUGCUUGUCUUUCCUCCCGCCGGAGAAAACGGUGAACGCGCCGUACCAACCCUCGAGCCGUGACGGGCGACCGCUGUACCAGCGCCACCUCUCAGAGCCCCUGGUUCCACACGGCACCAGAGCUUUCAAACAGGAGCUGGUGGAUCCACGGUACCCAGAGCCAGGACUACCUGCUUCAGGUCUGGCCCGUUCCCAGACUGCUUUCAACCACGUCACCAUCAAACAAGAGCCGAGAGACUUUGGCUUUGACUCAGAGGUUCAAACCUGCCAGUCGUCAUUUGGGAAGUCUUCAGUCUUGUACCAGAAUAACAGUGUUGGGCUUGGCCAUGACAGGGAACAACAUUUGUAUUAUGACGACACCUGCGUUGUGCCAGAAAGACUGGAAGGUAAAGUGAAGCAGGAGGGUUUGCCGUACCAGCGCCGCGGCUCCCUGCAGCUCUGGCAGUUCCUGCUCACGCUGCUGGACAACCCGGCCAACGGACAUCUGAUCGUCUGGACGGGACGCAACAUGGAGUUUAAACUAAUCGACCCCGAGGAGGUGGCUCGGCUCUGGGGGCUCCAGAAGAACCGACCGGCCAUGAACUACGACAAGCUGAGCCGCUCCCUGAGGUACUACUACGAGAAGGGCAUCAUGCAGAAGGUAAAGGUGGCUGGGGAAAGGUACGUCUACAAGUUUGUAUGCAACCCCGAGGCGCUUUUCUCCAUGGCUUUCCCAGACAACCAGAGGCCGAGUCUGAAGGCUGACCCGGACGCCGUCCUGCCUCCCAGCGAGGAGGACGGCCUCCCCACUCCCAGCUACGAGGAGGAGGGUCCGUACCUGGCUGAAGGAGGCGAGCAGUGCGUCCAGGGGCUGGCUUUCCCCGACAGCUACCCGUACUAGACUCCACAGCCUGGCAGCUGCACGAGACAGGAGAUGUUUUACAGGAGGGACCUGAGCAGUGUUUGAGAUUUUCAAUAUGUAUACCCACGUUAUGUAUAUCAACAGCAAAGAUGGAUUUAUCAGAGAAUUUUUUUAUUGAAAGUCUCUUUUAGCCAAAAGUAGUGGUUGCAAAAAUGAGGAUUCAGCCUGAAAAUCUCUGAGACGGUUAAUCUGAACUCAUUCCCUCAGCAAACAUGCUAUUGUUUGUCUAAAACUCUUGUAGUUCUGAUUUGGUUUUAUUUGUUAUGAUGGCUUAGGGCCACUGUUUACAAAAAAGUUGUAAUAUUUUGAGAUAAAGUAAUAAUAUAACGAAAAAAAAGACACUUUUCUUUAAGAUAAGGUUAAAAAUUUACGAGAAAACGUCAUAUUGUAAUGGGAUAAGUCAAUAUUUGGAGGAGAAAAGGUCAAAAUUGUAUGUGUAAGUGUCAUAAUAUGACACUUUCAUGAUAUUAUAACUCACUAAUUCAAGAAUAAAGAGUAAUUUUACGAGAACAAUAAUUUGACACACAAACUAACAGACUUUUUUGUAAAUUUGCAUUUUGUUUAAAUUACUAUUAUUAAAAUAAUUAUUUUAAUAUUUAUUUAAAAAAUAAUUAUUAAAAUUACUAUAAGAAUUCAAAUAAUAUUUUCUUUCUCGUAAAAAUCACAGCUUAAUUCUCAAAAUAUUACAUCUUUUUACGGUUUUACUCUCAUAACAUUACAACCUUUUUGACACACAAACUAACAGACUUUUUUUGUAAAUUUACAAUUUGUCUCAAUUGUUUUAAUAAUUAUUACAAAAUAAUUAUCAUAAAAAAUGUAUAAUUAUAUUUUUUCCUCGUAAAAACUGCAAUUUAAUUUUCGAAAUAUUACAGCUUUUUACGGUUUUACCCUCGUAACAUUACAUAUUUUUCCCUCAAUAUUUAAAUGUUAUGCUCAAACUCAUAAUCACAAAGUCACGGUGACCCUACAACCUGCUCGGUUGUAGUUUUGUAGCAUGGCCGUCGCUGUACGUUAACUCUGGGAUCUGUAUUUCAACCAAAAAGUAUCUCAAAACCAUGGGCACUCCUUUAAUUAAAUUACUUAAUUGUUUUUUUUGGGCUGGUAAACCUUAUACUGCUUGAAAGGGACACACUUGUAUUUUCCAGAUGUUAUAGUCCUCCUAUAAACAUGUAUAUUGAACUAUCUUUUAUGUACUUUUUCUUGUUUUCAAAGCUAAUAUUUUUGGCAUUAUAUGGUAAUUUUUUCCUAAACUGUUUUAUGACAAAGGUACUGCUACUAUUUUUCUGCAAUACUGCCACUACGAUGCUAAUAAUAAGCAUGGACUUUCUUACAAACAGGCUUGCCCCAGUAACUGUACUGAGAUAGUUUUCUGCAUUUUGUAUAGUUGAUUUGCUUCAAUGUGUAGAAAAAAAGGUGUAUAAUUAUAUAUAUGGAUAUAUUUUUGCAAAAGGCUGCGUUUGCUUGACGUUGUACUAUGAGCUGCAAAGUUUAGCCUGCUAAUGUAUUGCAUCAAUUCCAGCCUCUGUGAGAUGGAUGCAGAGAGAAAGUGGCUGUUUUACUGUAUGAUCACAUGGUGGUGUGAGAGGAGGAGGUGGUGGUGUGUGAUGGAGGCUGGAGAAAGAUGCUGACACUGGUGUGACGUCUACCCUCAGAUACUGUAUGUGUGCCUUCUGUUGAUCUUUACUGAUACAAUAAACUAUUUUACUCUUU